GCGGCGGCUCGGCGUCAACGUGGCGCGGCCCCCCACCCCCCUCCUCCUCCCGUGCGCUCGACGCUAGGAGCAGCAGCAGAGCAGCAGCAGCCGCCGCCGUCGCCGCGGCUAAACCCGCUGUGCAAGCCUCGGUGGGUUUUUUUGGCGUUGCGUUAUCGGUGUCUCGGUUAAACCACGCGCGUUGCUUUUUGAAGAGGGCCCCACUUUUUGUGUGUGUCGCUCGCUGUGGCUCGAAGUCGCCGCCGCCGCCGUCAUCGCCGUCGCUCCGCUGCUGGACUGGAGUAUUCACAGUAUUGUCCCUGAAGCUGCAUAAAAAUGACAGCCAAACUGGGAUUCCUGCGUCUCUCUUAUGAGAAGCAGGACACGCUGCUCAAGCUUUUCAUCCUGUCCAUGGCCGCCAUCCUCUCAUUUUCCACAAGACUGUUUUCAGUACUGAGGUUUGAAAGCGUCAUUCACGAGUUUGAUCCAUACUUUAACUACCGCACCACCCGCUUCCUUACUGAGGAGGGCUUCUAUCAGUUUCACAACUGGUUUGAUGACCGAGCAUGGUACCCUUUGGGCAGGAUUAUUGGCGGAACCAUUUACCCAGGUCUUAUGGUGACAUCAGCCUUGCUUUACCACGUGUUGCAUUUUAUGAACGUCACCAUCGACAUCCGUAAUGUCUGCGUCUUCCUGGCACCGCUUUUCUCAUCGUUCACCACGCUUCUUACCUACCACCUUACCAAGGAGCUCAAGGAUGCUGGAGCUGGGUUGGUGGCUGCUGCCAUGAUCGCCAUUGUGCCUGGCUACAUAUCACGCUCGGUGGCUGGCUCGUACGAUAACGAAGGGAUCGCCAUAUUCUGCAUGCUCUUCACCUACUACAUGUGGAUCAAGGCUGUGAAGACUGGCCUGCUCUACUGGUCUGCUAUGUGUGCGCUGGCCUACUUCUACAUGGUGUCGUCGUGGGGAGGCUACGUGUUCCUCAUCAACUUGAUCCCCCUGCACGUGCUCGCCCUGAUGAUCACGGGCCGCUUCUCGCACCGCAUCUACGUGGCCUACAGCACCGUGUACUGCCUGGGCACCAUCCUCUCCAUGCAGAUUUCCUUCGUCGGCUUCCAGCCGGUGCAGUCGUCCGAGCACAUGGCGGCUCUGGGGGUGUUUGGCCUGUGCCAGAUCUACUCCUUUGUGGACUACCUACGGAGCAAGCUGAGCACGCAGAACUUUGAGAUUCUCUUCAAGAGCAUGAUCUCGCUGGUGGGGGCCGUGGUUGGCGUUGCCGCCACCCUUCUCAUGCUGACCGGUAAGAUCUCCCCGUGGACUGGCCGCUUCUACUCCCUGCUCGACCCGUCCUACGCCAAGAACAACAUCCCCAUCAUCGCCUCCGUGUCGGAGCACCAGCCCACCACGUGGUCCUCUUACUACUUCGACCUGCAGCUCCUCGUUUUCAUGUUUCCUGUCGGGCUUUACUACUGCUUCUGCAACCUGAAUGACGCUCGCAUCUUCAUCAUCCUCUACGGCGUCACCAGCAUGUACUUCUCAGCGGUCAUGGUGCGUCUUAUGCUGGUGCUGGCGCCCGUCAUGUGCAUCUUGUCGGGGAUUGGCGUGUCUCACGUGCUCACCACCUACAUGCGCAACCUGGACAUCUCGCGGCCUGACAAGAAGAGCAAGAAGACGCACGAUGCCUCCUACCCCAUUAAGAACGAGGUGGCUAGUGGCAUGGUACUGCUCAUGUCAUUCUUCCUCAUCACGUACACGUUCCACUCGACGUGGGUGACGAGCGAAGCGUACUCCUCGCCCUCCAUCGUUCUGUCGGCUCGCGGCGGCGACGGCAGCCGCAUCAUUUUCGACGACUUCCGCGAGGCGUACUACUGGCUGAGACACAACACGCCCGAGGAUGCGAAGGUGAUGUCAUGGUGGGAUUACGGCUAUCAGAUAACAGCCAUGGCCAAUCGAACAAUAUUGGUGGACAACAACACAUGGAACAACACGCACAUCUCCCGCGUCGGGCAGGCCAUGUCAUCGACGGAGGAGAAGGCCUAUGAGAUCAUGCGGGAGUUGGACGUGGGCUACGUGCUGGUGAUAUUCGGAGGGCUGACCGGUUACUCUUCUGACGACAUCAACAAGUUCCUGUGGAUGGUUCGCAUCGGAGGCAGCACAGACACGGGGAAACACAUCAAGGAGCACGACUACUACACGCCGGCCGGAGAGUUCCGCGUCGAUCGCGAGGGAUCCCCCGUGCUGCUCAACUGCCUCAUGUACAAGAUGUGCUACUACCGCUUCGGGCAGGUCUACACCGAAGCCAAACGCCCGCCCGGCUAUGACCGCGUGCGCAAUGUGGAGAUCGGCAACAAGGACUUUGAACUGGACGUGCUGGAGGAGGCAUACACGACGGAGCACUGGCUCGUGCGCAUCUACAAGGUCAAAGAUCUUGAGAAUCGAGGACAGUCAAGAACAUAGGGACACCUUGGUGGAAUUUAACCUGCUGCAGUUUGUAGCAGUUUUUCAGUCAGCCCCUUUUAUAAAUAUACACUGGCCAAAAGAUCAUAAGGCAAGUUGUGAACCGAGCAGAAAAUGUUCCGCUUUUAUUGGUCAUUUGCCCCGCAAGGAAAUGUGUAAUGAAAGAUAUGUCUGAAGGCAUUACGAACUGAAUAAAAAAACACCAAAAAUUCUAAACCAAGGCAAAAAAAAAUAACACCAGAACAAUUACAAUUUACUCGCAACGUUCACUGUGUUUUAUGUUUGUGUUGAUCGUAAUAUCAUUUGAUGAAAAUAAUAAUUUGAGUGACAUGUUGAGCCACGUGUGUGAAGCUAAGAAUUUACUGUCAGGGUGUCUGCAUAAAACUGUUGCUUUGCGCUGUUUAAAUCACUUGCAGUGUGUCCCCUGUCCUUAAUUUGUUCUUUAAUUUGGAAUGAAUUUGUAACUGAUUUACGUGUAAGGCACUGAGACCAAAAUGGGAUUUUAAGUUUUGCGGGAUAUCAGGGGUGCCUGAAGCGUAAUAAAAUAACUUUUCAGUUAAAAGUGUGCAGCUAUUCUGUGAUUGUGGUCAGAGACCUUGCGAGCACAAAGACUAUUUCAUGAAUGAAACGUUGAGGUCAUAAAAUUUUGAUUUAAAGCUUUCGUGACUGCAGUAAUUCAUAUUCUUAGUUUUUUCGGUAAAGUCACGUUGAAGAGAAACAACUAAAUAAUACAAUAUAUAUAAAACUAUAUAUAUACAAUUAUUGUUUGUAAAGUCACGUUGAAGAGAAACAACAAAAUAAUAAAAUAUAUAUAAAACUAUAUAUACAAUUAUUGUUAUAUAUAUUUUAUUGUUUCGCUUCAACGUGACUUUACCGAAAAAACUAAGAAUACGUUGAGGUCAUGUUUAUGUUAAAUAUUCUUGUACGGUUGAACAACAUUAUCUUUCUAGGAAUGGACAAUUCUUUCCGUGCAAUUUCUACUUCCCCAUGCUGCCCGUUGCAGCCUUCAAUCUUAGCCCCUAAGUUUUCGAACAUAUCUUUUGGGGGAAAAUUCAGGCUGUAUAGGUUGUAAAGAAAGUCAAUAGUUAAUUUAAUGUUUUGUAAAUGUUAUUAAAGCGAAAUCUGUAAAUCAGAUAUCGCUUGAAUAACCUUUUGCUAUUGGGGGAACUGAGAUUUGUUGGCAAUAUUUUUGCUUUAAAUAUUGACUGGAAUUUAUUCUCACAUGUCUCCUGAAUAAAAUAGAGCAUUA